CCCCAUGAGACAACCUGCUUCAGGGGAUGAUGGAGACUCUCAGGGGGUGGGAGCAAGGGGUUCCUGUUAGAGGCCACAGUCACAACGGUAAAACAAAUCAAAGAAAGAAUCCUCCGCUGGAGUUGUUUAUUUGAAAGACUUACAUUUUUAAACAGUUUAAAAUAUCUCCGGCACGCAAUCAGCACUUGCAGACUGAGCACGUGAGCAAGCUGCCUGUGAACAACUGACACAGAGAGAGAGAGAGAGCAAGGCCCCACACAGAGCAGCAGACUUACCAAAAGAUACCUUCCAAUUCAUCUUGUGUUUACAUGAUCAAGUCGACAUGAGGGUCCAGUAUUAAAUCUUCAGAAAGUCAAUGUAUAUAACAGCCAUUGGAUUAGCAUCAUCUACAUGUUUUGUUAAAUUUCAAACAUUUUAAUAAGGUGAAUGAGUGAUGUCCACCAUUUGGUGUUUCCUCAUUGUUUCCGUCCGGGCCACCCUGGCUUCACCACCGAUUGACAGCACCAUGUUAACGUUACCUUUCAGCCCAGGACAGUUGAAGCCCACAUCCCCCUCUCGCAGCAUUCCGGACACUCAGCUCCUUGCCCAGGGGGUAUUACUGAGUGUGAGCACCGUGCCACCCCUCACCGUUGAAUUGGACGUGUUCCGGAACCGUCCGGUCCAUUCCUCUCGAGUUCAUUUUCAGAGUCAGGGUCUGGGCAAGCCCCCGGCCAGCGCCAGCAGCACUUGGCCGCUGCCCAGUCACCUGAGUCCCCGCCUGAAGAGGCACACCCAAGGGACGCAACACCAGGGUCAGUUCUCCGUCUGUGACAAGGAGAAUCGAUGGGUGCUGGACAAAAAGGUGGCCUUGGACAUUCGUGGCCGUAAGGUGGACGUACUGUCCCAUUUCUACGUGAACGGAACUCUGGUGAGGCAGAUGUUUUACGAGACCACGUGCAGGAGGAGGAAGCCCACACGGCAGGGCUGUCGGGGCAUCGACUAUCGCCACUGGAGCUCUCACUGCGACACCACGGACAGUCACGUUCACGCCUUGGUGCUGGACAACAAUCACACCCGGUGGAACUUCAUCCGGAUUAGGACAGCGUGUGUCUGUGUGCUCACCAGGAAAACCUGGCUACCAUGACCCAGCAGCAGCUCGCCCACCCUACCUCAGUGUAAAUUAUUGCCCUAACUUAUACCAACUGCAUGGUGAUAUUUAUAUUCUGACAAUUUAUCCUUAAUUUAUUAAAACAUUUUGGAAAAGAUCCACGUGCAUUGAUUUUUCAGCCCCCCGUGUCACACUGCCCUGAUUUAUAAGUCUUUGCUGCUUUAUUUAAUCUCUGGUCUUCCCUAACUCCAGUGUGCAGCUUCAGUCCGUCUGAGCUCCUUACAUGAUAACCAGCCUCCAAAUCACAUCCGAUUAUGC